AGACGCCAGAGACGCGUCGCGGGCGGAGCGGAGCGGAAGGGAGCUGCUGGAGGUCGCGCGCUGAACGCCGGUGGACGCGGUUCUGGAUCGGAGCGCACCGGAGAGAACGGGGAGCGCCGCCGGUUCACCGAGAGUUCCCGAGCAGAAAGAGACGAGCAGCGGCAAAACACAGACGAUGGAGGCUGGUUCGGGAGGGUUCCUCCACAGCGGCUCUGCAGGACUGAAGCUGGAGCAGAUGAUGGAGACGGAGCAGAAGGAGAUCCGGCUGCGUGAAGCUCACAUCAUGUACGUGCAGCAGCUCGCCGCUCGGGCUUCAGGGGCCGGCUUCAUGAGCAGGGGACCCAGUCAUCCAUCACGUGUCUCUAAUCAGAGCAGUUUGGACUCCGAACGCGACCGGGACUCGGAUGAUGAUGAUGGGACGAUGGAGGGCGAUGAAGGUAGUGAGGAAGAUGAGCGGCCCUUCGGGAGCUUCUCGGGCCCCGGGGCCACCGCAGAUGUCCAUGGAGCGCCGUCUCCUGCUGUCAGGGUCAAACAGGAGCCCGAGGACGAUCUCUCACCCGUCGGGCGACCGUCUGUGUCUCCUCCUAACGGCCAAGCGGACUGGAGCUACGAGGAUCACUUUAAAACAAAUAGAGGUGUAUCUUGGUCAGAUGAUGGGGAUGUUGCUCGUGGAAGAGGGGAAGUGUCCAGAGAUUUCGCCAAGUUAUAUGAGCUGGACAGUGACCCGCACAGGAAGGAGUUUCUGGACGACCUUUUCACCUUCAUGAUGAAACGAGGGACUCCGGUGAACAGGAUCCCCAUCAUGGCGAAGCAGGUUCUGGAUCUGUACAAGCUGUACAAGCUGGUGACGGAGAAGGGUGGACUGGUGAAGGUCAUCAACAAGAAGAUCUGGAGAGAGAUCACCAGGGGUCUCAACCUGCCCACCUCCAUCACCAGCGCCGCAUUCACACUCCGCACACAGUAUAUGAAGUAUCUGUAUCCGUACGAGUGCGAGCGCAAGGCGUUGAGUUCUCCCAGCGAGCUGCAGGCCGCCAUCGACAGCAACCGGCGUGAAGGCCGUCGACCCAGUUACAGCAACAGCCUGUUCCGCUUUAGCCCCUCCCCCGGCUCCGCCCCUCACCUCCUGACCCCGCCCAAGAUGCACCUGUCAGCGCUGGGGACCAUAGGGGCCCUGAAUGGACUGCAGGGGCCAUCUCUGAAGAAGGGACUGGACGAUGGGCGCUCGUCCUCCGUGGCGCUGGUGAUGGGGCAGCAGCAGAUGGGUCUGGCUCGGGCUGAGACACUGGAGCAGCUCCGAGAGAAGCUGGAGACGGAUGCACCGGAGAGAAAGAUGCUGCGUCUGGCCGAGGAGCAGCAGAGACUCAUGCAGCAGGCCUUCCAGCACAACCUGCUCACCAUGACCUCACAGAUCCCCGUCAACCUGUGUCCCGGCGCUCCGGCCAGGGAUGAGAAGCAGGAUCUGGCCGUGAGUAUUUCCUCCAGCGGAGCGGCGAGUAUCAGCAUGUCAGUGGAAGUCAAUGGCAUCGUUUACUCCGGAACUCUGUUUGCGCAGAAGUCUGCAUCUGCUGCACCUGGACCCAGCUUCACCUUCUCUAGCUCCGCCCCCAGCCAAAGCCCCGCCUCUUCCUCCUCCUCCAAGGGGCGGAGCUCAGCAGAGCCAUCCACCAGCGGUUCUCCAUAACCAAAUUACUGAAAAUCAAACCGUUGCACAACCAGUACCUCAGUUUCUCAAGUCCGAACUUGAAGUUUCGAUCUGUCUUCUCUUCUGAUUAUGUUUCGUGACUCUGUGGUUUUUCUCAGCGGUGGAACGUUACAGGAAACGUCUUUUACCUCAGGAUCUGUAGUUUAGGCUUUCUCUGAAUGAGUUUUAUUUUUGGUAGAAUGUAGACUUCGCUGUUUUAACUCUACGCAGGUUCUUGGGAAUAUAUCUGCUGUUCUGCAGCCUGUUUGUUUGAUCAACAACCGUCAAAUACCUCAGAAACCUGCUGAAUGUCUCAGUAGAUGUUUAAAUGAGUUACAAACACCAAUCAUUUCAUCUGGAGCUCAGGGCAGCUUUUGAAUAUGUGGGUGAAUCUCAUGAUUAAAUCUAAAGAAAAUUCCUUUUUCCUUUUAUAUACGUAUGUAUAUGCACAUAUUUUAGAUUUUAAUAAGUAAAUAUAAAAGUGAAUCUCACGAUCUCCAUCAAUUUUAUAAGAAACAUUGCAUUAUUUUUAAAGUUUGGGAGCAGCAAUAUUUUUAAGGUUUCUCUAAUACUCAUCGAGGCUGUAUUUAUUUAAUCAAAUUACAGAAAAAAACCCAGAAUAUAGAAAUAUAAUUGCAAUUUCUAAUAUUGGUUUUCCUUUUUAAUUUGGUUUAAAAUAUUUUUUAUUUUUUUUGUAUUUGACACAGCGUUAAAUCUUCGAUUCUUUGGUGAAUAAUUUUUUUUAAAAGAACAGCAUUUAUUCAAAGUAGAAACAUCUUCGAACAAUUUUUUAUCCAUUUAAUACAUCCUUGCUCAAUAAAAGUAUUAAUUCCUUAAAAAAAAA